GGGAAUAGGUAUUAGUAAUUAGAAUAUAAUAGUUUUGCUUUUUCAGGGUAGGCUGGCUAAGUAGGCAAAUUGGAUUACAGUAGUUAGUGAUUCUGUCGUGAUAAAUAUUUUGCCAGCUUGAAAAAUAUUGUCUUCAGUGCUGCUAUAUCGAUAUACCUUGCACGCAACGUGGUCAUGGUGGUUCAGGUUGUGGUGUCAAGAGGGCUAUGGUGAAACAGGUACUUAUUUGAUUGAUAGAAGUUGAAAUCUGUCAUGGCCAGUGCAGCUGCAUUCACAUGCAUCACCUGUCAUGUGGCCUUCUCUGAUGGAGAGAUACAGAGGGAACACUACAAAUCAGACUGGCAUCGCUACAAUCUCAAAAGAAAGGUGGCGGAGCUGCCGCACGUGACCGCCGAGCGGUUCCGGGAGCGGGUGCUGGCCCAGCAGGCGCUGCAGCCGGCGGCGCCGUCCGCUGCCGGGCCGCUCUACUGCCAGCCCUGCCGCAAACCGUUCAAAACCGACGCCCAGCACCGCAACCACCUCCAGUCCAAGAAGCACCAGGACCAACAGCGCGCCUGGGACGCGGACGCCGAGGCACGCCAGCAGCGCCUGAUCGUCGCUGAGCAGAACCGCAAGAACCUCGAGCUCUCUGGCCAGUCGGAGAAGGAAGCGGGAGGGUCCUGGUCGCCGCGACGGCCCCAGCGCAAAGGCAUUGCGCCGCCGCCGGAGCCGGACUCGGAGUCGGACUCGGACGAUGACCUGUCGGUGGAAGAGGUCGACUCGGACGAGUGGGAGGAGUGGGACGAGGGCGAGGGCAUCCCGCCCUCCUCGUGUCUCUUCUGCCCGCACGCCUCCGCCGACCUGGCCGCCAACCUGCGCCACAUGACACAGGCGCACUCGUUCUUUGUGCCGGACGCUGAGUUUGUGACGGACAUGGAGGGACUGGUCACCUACCUCGGGCAGAAGGUCGGGGAGGGAUUCGUCUGUCUCUGGUGCAACGAGCGGGGCAAACACUUCACCUCCGUCGACGCCGUGCAGAAACACAUGCGCGACAAGGGCCACACGAAGAUGCUGCACGAGGGCGAGGUCCUGGCCGAGUACGCUGACUACUACGACUACAGCACCUCCUACCCGGACGGCGCAGAUGCUGACUCUGAGCCGCUGGAGCCCGAGCAGCUGAACAUGCACGCCGACGGCUUUCAGCUGGUGCUGCCGUCCGGGGCCACCGUCGGACACCGGGCGCUGGUCAGAUACUACAGGCAGCACCUGAAGCCGGAGAAGGCUGUGGCGCUGAGGAAGACCGGCGCUGCCACCACCGCCAGGGACGUGCUCCACCAGUACAGAUUGAUGGGGUGGACCGGAUCCAGCAAGGAACAACUCAAAAAGACGGCCCGCGACAUGAUGGCACUGAGGAGGCACCAGCAGCGCAGCGACAUGCGGCUGGGCGUCAAGGCCAACCGACUGCAGAAGCACUACAGAGAACAGAAUCCCAUGUAGGCUCAGUAUCUCAGCGGCCGGUCGGGCCGGGAGGACUUCAUCGCUUUGGGACCGUGUGCAUCCAGAGUAUAUGCCGCUCAUGUUGUGAGUCAAGAACGUGGGUGUUGUUGGUUUGUACGUGGUCAUUAUACGACUAUUUUUGUGCGUUGAUGGGUGUAUGUACGUGCUGUGGUCGUAUGGACGUUGGUCCAAGUGAAAGUGUUCCCCGAUUUCGAUAACAUUUUUGCACUAAGAAUGCCGAAUAUGUUCACGAUCCUGACUUCGUAUACGGCCUCUGGCAACCAAACUGCGGUGCCAGGAAGAGCAACAAUACACAGAUUGAUCAUGA